UGGAGAAUAUUUAACAGAUUGUAUUUGACGCUCAUUGUUGAUGGCCGGUGCAGCUAGGUAAUAUUACCUGUGACGUGCUCACCUAGUGUUCAGAUCUAGUCAACUGAGACAUUUAAAUUGGCCGACAGAUCUGCUCACUUCUAUGGACUUUGGUGUUUAAUAGAGAAUUCUUCCAUCCAGACACAGUGUGUUGUGUAUACACAUGUGUAAUCAGAGGGUUGUGCCAGGGAAUAUUUACAUGUUGGAUGUUACGAGACUGGUUAUUAACUGGAUGAAGGCUGUUGUGCAGACAGCAGGACUCUGAAGAAACAAGGUAGAGACAAACUGGAUGUAGAAGUUUAGAAGAGUCUUCAACACGAUUGGUCCAAAAUGCCACUGAGCCUUUUUAUCUUAUAGCUGGUGUGAGUGUUUUGCAUAGAGAGGCAAAUAUCAGAGCUCUUCAGUUUCUAAAAAAAGGAGAACUUCAGCAGACUUUUCUUCCUCCUUGCGCUAGAGAGCUUUCUCUGAGCAGACUAUAAUCAGCAUGGAAGCCUAUAAUAAUAAUAAUAACAAUAUGGAGAUGUCCUUUCGAAUGCGGAGCUCUAAGUUCCGCCACGUGUUCGGCAACUCAACGCGAAAGGACCACUGUUACGAGGGAAUUAAAAUCAGCAAACAUGGCCAUGACAGCAACCAGAGUGCGGUUAAUCCGCUGUUCCUGGCUGUGUGUACAGAGUCCGCAGGAGGGGGGUCCUUUGUGGUCCUGCCAUUAGAACGGACAGGCCGUGUUGACAUCAACACUCCUAAAGUCUGCGGCCACAAGGGACCAGUCCUUGAUGUGAAGUGGAACCCUUUCAACGAUCAUGUGAUUGCCUCUUGCUCAGAGGAUGCAACCGUUAAAGUCUGGCAAAUUCCACAUGAAGGGUUACGGACUAACCUCACUGAUUGGUCAGUUGAUCUCCAUGGUCACCAGAGGCGUGUCGGGUAUAUUGAGUGGCAUCCGACGGCAGAGAACAUCGUCCUGAGUGCAGGACUUGAUUUCAAGUGUAUAAUAUGGAACGUGGAACAGGCUGAGCCAGUCAAUAUCAUGAACUGCCACCCUGACACAGUUUUCUCCCUUUGCUGGAACCGUGACGGCAGUUUAUUCGCUACCACCUGUAAAGACAAGAAGAUAAGGGUCGUUGAUCCAAGGGCCGGAUAUGUUGCAAUUGAAGGUCAAGGCCACCAGGGGCCAAAGGCCACAAAGGUCGUCAUGUUGGGGAAUUCCCUCAGUAACCAUUUAUACACCACGGGGUUUUCCCGAACCAGCGAGAGGCAGCAUGCAAUAUGGGACAUAAGGAGUUUCGGGAAGCCGCUCAAGAUGGAGACUGUCGAUUAUUCCAAUGGAGUGAUGACGCCAUUCUACGAUUUUGACACUGGCGUUGUUUUCCUGGCUGGCAAGGGAGAUGGGAAUAUUCGUUACUAUGAGGUGGUCCCUACAGAGCCAUAUUAUCAUUUCCUCAACCAGUACCAGUCCUCCACCCCUCAGAGGAGCGUCUGUGCCAUGCCAAAGAGAGGCUGUGAUGCACACAAAAACGAGAUCAUGAGGUUCUACAAGCUCUACGCAGACAAAAGCAUAGUGGAGCCCAUUUCUAUGAUUGUACCCAGACGGGCUGAAACUUUCCAAGAAGACAUUUUCCCACCCACUGCCAGUUCGACACCUUCACUGACUGCGGAUGAGUGGAUCUCAGGCCUAAACAGAAACCCUAUCCUGAUCUCCCUGCAGGAUGGUCAUGUGACGAACACACCGCAAACAUCGGCCUCUGUCGCUGUUCAGAAACAGGACGGGGCCCUUUUCCAUGCGCCGACCAUCACAACAUACAAAGCCGUCAACAAGUCUGUCAACGGCUCGCACUACCCAGAGGCCAAAGUCCCAAAGAAGUCUGCAACAGUGCCGCCGUUUGAAGGAACCACAGUGACGGUAACAGCGAGCCUCGCCCCCAGCCAGAGAACAAUGCCGGCGUCCAUCAAGAACAUUCAACGUCUCAGCACCCAUGAGUCCAUAGAGGAAACGUCCAGUGAAACUAGCUCUUCGGACAACGUCAAUGACAUGAUAACAGCUUUUGAGCGGAGAUGGAGACGACCUCCUGAUAACAUUGACGUGGGUCAGAGUUCAAACAUCAAGCGUGGGUGGUCACAAGAGAACAGCAUCACCUCCAAUGGGGCAGGAUCUCAGGAAGUGGAGUUCCAGGGCAGCACCCCUCCCACACCACUGACUCCAAUGUCUCUUCUCAACUCCCUCAUGGAUGUCGAUUAUUCACCAAAGACGAACAAAUUUUUCCCUGGUCAAGUCAACACAACAACAAAAUCACUGCCAAAUAUCAUGGAAGCUAAUAAUAACAACAACAACUGGCUCUCUACAAGUCUGGAGAGACAGACAUCGUACGGGAAACCACUCAGCAGUCAAAAUUCACUCGACAACAGCAGCUCACAGGCCUCAAUUAAUUUAAAAAAGGCAUACUUCCGCCAAGUGGAGGAAAUACGCAGUUUAAAAGAGCAGCUGAGUGUGAAAGAUAAAAGAAUACGUCAGCUGGAAGAGGAGCUCACACUUAUCAAAGAUAUGCAGUGUGGACCAGGGGAAAGUAAUUGCUGAUCACUGCCAAAAGAAGAUAACCAUGCCAAGGGGAAGAACUCUGUCUGUCAGCAGAAGGGACACAUGUACAAAUCAUGAAAAAAAUUCAGCGAUUUUGGAAAAGAAAACACUGAAAGGAUUUGGACGUGUGUUUUGUUCUUCUUUGAAAAUUUUAAUUUAUCCUGACUGGUCAGGUGGUAAGAGCAGUUUUAAUUAUCUGUGUAGUUGAACUUACUGAGUGAAACUUUACCUAGGUGCAAGAGGUAUAAAGUGAAUUAAAAUUGGGAAAGAAGCAGUUCAUUGGGAAAGUCUGAAAAGUGAAGAAAAUGUUGGUAGAACUGAUCGAUUUUAAUUUUUGUUUUCAAUUAUUUAUAAGCAUAGGGAGGUACACAUGCGUAUCCGUCAUUAUCAACCUAUAAUUAGAAAACUCUGUUAAUUAUUCCAUGUUGUUUGUAACAAGAAGGCAGAUAACUCUUGCUGGCAGCAGGAAGUCUGGCUGGGGGUAAAGGGCUUUGUAAAAGGAAACAACUCCAGUUCACCAAUUCGUACUUAAAAAAGAUAAUGGACAGCAGGCUGUCACAAGUAAGCUGACGUUGUUUUUGUUGUUGCCUGGGUUAGCUGACCAUAGUACACCAUGAAUGUGCACUGCAUGCAAGUCGCGUAAGCUUUCAUUUUCAAUGGGCUGUGAACAAGGUCAAGGUCACAGCAUUAGUCACAUGAUCUGAAGGGAAUAACAAAAGUUCUGUGAUUGGUGCACUGUGAUGGCAUGAAUAUUGAUAUGUGGAUGAACUGCGCUUGUGAGUUGUCCACAUGUUAGAAAUCGUCCACCAGCAGAGAUAUUCCUUUGUUUUUCAUCUCAGUCAUUCUGGUACAUACGUGUAUUCUGUUGUAAAUUGUAAGUCAUAUAUGCAAUUUUUCGUGAAAGCCUAAUAGUGAUUGGUUGUUUCUAAGAUACACAAGAUUGUAAACCCAUUUUUGAUUGGUUACUUCUUGUUUUGUUUGAAUUCAAAGUGAUAAUACCAUUGGUUAUUCAUCCAGAAUAGACAGCUUGUGAUUGACUUAUAUACAUGUACUGUCAGUUUUGUGAAAAAGCUUUAAGAUGAUAGCAGCUUGGUAGAAAUAUUAAAUUGUGAUGGGUUGUUGAAGUUGAAACAUUGUUUGUUGGAAGCACUUAAGGAGAGUUUACGUAGAUUGUCACCUGUGAUUGAAUACUACAUGUAUCUUGCUUCGGGUAAGGUUUGAUGAUUGGAAUUUCGAUGUACACGUGUUUGUAGCUUGGGCUGGACGUAGACAUUCAGUAUUUUAUGCUGAGAGACAGGUAUGAAAAUCUGAAGGUGUUAUACUGAUACCACAGUAUAAUUAAAAUACAUUUCGUCCAUUGAAAAGUUUACCGUUAGUGUUCUUCGCUUGUGUUGGACAAACGUGUGGAUAUAUUUAUUAUCAUACAAGUAUAGUAAGUAUAUACGUGGUUUCUGCAAAGAGUUAGUUUGAUAUAAGACUAGUGCUUUUUGUGCUUGAAGUAUUUGAUUUUUUAUUUACCAGAGCCAUAUUCCAUUUUUAUUGUACAAAGUUGUUAUUAUCGGAUUAUAAUUACUGCCAGACUGUAAUUGGAUAAAAAUCAACCAAUCGUGUGUAUUACUUCUGUGUUGUUUUAUUCGAAAAGUGAUAAGUGUUGUGAGUAUCAAGAGAAAUUUUAUAAUCGUGUUUGCAGGAUUUGUGAACAGGAGGAUUAACAUAUUUGGAUUAGCAGGUUUGAAGAUUAGCAGACUUGAUGAUUUCAGGAUUAGCAGAUCUGAGGAUUAGUAGAUUUGAAUGAAUGAUUAUGUCUUAUAGCCAAAUCGUCAAUAUUUCAGCCAUGUGGUGGGGAUAGCAGAUUUGAAGACUAGCAGAGAUGAGGAUUAUCAGAUUUGAAGAUUAGCAGAUACGAGACUGUGUAUUGAACAUCGUUUUAGAGGCCAAAUGAUUCUUUUCCAGUGUCAAAAAAAAAAAGGGUAAACAAAUGAAACUUAAAAUUGGUCAGAUUUGUGCCAAAUGUGGCAGUAAUGUUUUCCAUUGAAGACAUAUUUGCAUGAUCUGAAAGCCUUGAAAAACAGGAAAAAUCAUAAACAAUAUCAGGAUUAUCUUUUAUAAUGUGUGUGUAUUUAAGGGAAGAAGUUCUUUACAGGAACAGGUAGUCACUUUCAUUCUUGAUAGUCACUUUUAUUCUUUUGAACUGUAGAAAUCUCUUGUCCAUACACGGGUUAGAUCUCUUAUAGUCUUUCAUAAAAUACCAGUACUGAAGGUUUAUCAGGAGUGCAGUCUGGUAGUACAUCGAUUUAGUUUGCUUUUAGACGAUAGUAUAGCAUAGAAAAUGAGCAGAAACUGUUCGCUCUUUUCUUACCAAAAUUUAUUUUGUUUCACAGUGUCUUAAUUUUGCUAUAUCUGUCAUAUAUUAAUUAAUUUACAUAAAGUCAACUAUUAAAGUAAGCAGUGCGAGUUUGUUAAAAAAGUUUGACUGUAAAUCUGCAACCUCUAAAACUGUUUUUUGGCGAUGGAAUUUAGCCAUGCAAUUUUCGUGGAAAGGACGCUAAAUUGAUUUGUUUGUGUCAGUCAAGAUGCAAGCUUUUUAAAAUUGAAAAUUAUAUUUCUCUACACCACAUGUUUUAACAUCAGAAUGUUUUAAGAUUUUGGUUGAAUAGGAAUUUGAAAGGGUUGAAACUAAGCUGUAGAGGGAAUACGUUAUGCUUAUUCCUUUAAUAUGGUAACUAAUACCAAUGUAGUGUAAAGUCUCCUGCCCAGGGCAUAUCCUAUGUACACCCCCCGAUGUGACUGUGCCUGGUGUAGGCGUGGUCUGCAGCUCUAGCGAGUGUAUAUCAAUAUGUUAACCCUCCUGUUAAAUCAGCCAAUGGCAGUGGAGAGUCACUGGUCAUUCAGGAAUAAGAUUUUAUCUUCUUAGUGCUAUACACAGAGGUGUGACCUGUAUCGCUUCCAGUCAGCAUUUAGAGUUCACCCACACCUCGUCUUUUUGUGUUGGAAUCCAGGGUGAAAACUUAGUGGCUUUUUAAACGUGUAGUAAGCCGAGUCAGCAUUUCAGGAGCCCCGCAAAUUCUCGCAAAUGUGGAUGAGACAGGGCGGGGGAUGAGACAAAAAGGCGAGAUUUCGCAAUACUUGUGAGGUUGAAUAUACAUCUUUCACGGCUGGGUCUGUCAGCCCAACGGCAUCGACAGUAGCCGCCAUGAAAUCGCGCCUGUCAUAGACGUGAUAUUUCACGAGAGCCCCCACCCUGUCUCGUCCAGACCUGUGUGAAGUCGAGAAAUAAAAGGACUCCUGAAAUGCUUACUCGGCUUUAUACAUUAGUCGAUGAUUGUUGUAAAAUGUCCGUGUUCUAGUAGCCAGUUUGAUUGUCUCGGAAUUCUGGAUGUACACAUUUUCCAUUGUAUUUUUUAUGCAAUUUUUUAACAAGAAAUUAUGCAAAUUGUUUUUAGCUUUCUUCCAGGUGCUUUGUCAUAAUUCAUUGUUUUUCCCUUCAUAAUAAUUCCCCAGGAUGCCCUAGUGCGGGUACAUGCACACUCUUUCAUGGUGUCUGAUUGGAUAAAAAUCAACCAAUCCUGUGUAUUGGUUCUGCGUUGUUCGUUUGGAAAGCUGAUGUCAUAUAUUCACCUCAUGAUCACAUGGCUGCUUCCAUGGGAACCGUCUCAUAUACCAUAUCUGAGGGAGAUGUUGUCUUGUAACCUUGAUCUGUAUAUUUUACUGAGUUCUUGAUCUGAUUUAUGUUCAACACAGUUGAUCCCUUUGAUCAGCUCCGCUGCCAGAUUGUGUACACGAAAGUGUAUCGCAUUGAGUUUUGUCGUUUGAUAUAUUCUUAUAGCCGUUUUAACUCUUUUAUUCUUUCUAUCCGUUUUUUGGUUAUUUAUGAGGCAAACUUUCUGUUGUUUUUGACACCUCGGCAACAUAUGGUUAAGAAGUUCGGGUAAAGGCUGUUAGUUAUAUUUCCACGAGUUGUCUCCCUUAGGACUCAACUGGCGAGUCGUGUAUGUAAAUGUUCCAAGACCUUAACAUAUCUUGCCAAGCACUGUCGACCUAUACUACAAGCCUGCCUAAAGGUUCUCAACAAGCACCUUAUUAGUCACAAGCCAGCCAUGAGCGAGCUACCAACCAACCGUUAGCCAGCCUGCAGUGAGAUUUGGAAUGCUUGUGGAACGGUGGUCGCUAUGUGCAAUAUCUGGGUGAAAUGGAUAUGGAAUGGUGGUGGAAUGAUAGCAGUCUGCUGCAAGUGUUCCAGAGGUGAGCUAACAGCAUUAGGCACCAUACCCACAGGCCACAGCACUAUCUCCACUUUCUCAGCAGAUGAAGUGUUAAACGCUGACUAAAAGCGUGCUGAUAGAAUGAUAAAAGCUCGUCACAAACGUGCUAGUUGUGUGCUAGGAGCUUGCCAUUGAGAACCUUUAAGCUGUUUGGAACUGUAAAGUAUCGGCGCAUUUUUUUUUUAUUUUUGUAAUCCAGGCUAUAUUUUUUGUAUUACGCUCACCACCUCUAACUGUCCUUGUAUAUGUCUAUAAAAAAUAUACACAGAUCUGAUUUAGUUCCUGUCCUUUUUUUAUUUUCAUGAUGUAAUGUAUUUUGUAGUGUAAUACAGCCUUCCCACAAGCCCGUUUUGACCCCUUAUUUGUAUGGUAUGUAUUUAUUGGAGAGUAUAUACCCACAAUUCUCAGUGAUUUGCUUCUGUGCGGACGUUACAAGCUAACCACUCAGUGUACACAUAUGUGGCAUCUGUGCCCUUGUUACCGCACCAUAAAAUGUUAUUGUAUAUCCCGUGUUCCUCUACACAAAAACUGCAGUAAUACGACAAUAAAUAUGCCAUUUACGUAAAACAACUUCU